AACGAUGCGCUCGGUUCAGAAAUGGAGGCUUCACUCCUAACAGCUGUACGGUUUGUCAGUGCUCUUGUUUAGUGAUUUAAGAGAUCAGAAACAAACAGAGGAUUGGCGAAUUAAUCCAAACAUGUAUGGUUUUGUGAACCAUGCACUGGAACUUCUGGUGCUGAGAAAUUAUGGUGCAGAUGUGUGGGAGGACAUCAAGAGGGAGGCUCAGGUUGAUGUAGAAGGACAGUUUCUGGUCAGAAUUAUCUAUGAAGAUGCAAAAACAUACGACCUUGUGGCUGCUGCAAGCAAAGUGCUAAAAAUGGAUGCCGGAUGCAUCUUGCAAAUGUUUGGGAAAAUGUUCUUUGAGUUCUGUCAGGAGUCUGGUUAUGACACGAUCCUCCGAGUGCUGGGCUCCAAUGUCCGUGAAUUCUUACAAAAUCUGGAUGCAUUGCAUGAUCAUCUAGGCACCAUCUACCCCGGCAUGCGCGCGCCCUCCUUCCGCUGCACGGAUGCGGAGCGAGGGAACAACCUCAUUCUGCACUAUUACUCUGAGAGAGAGGGUCUUCAGGACAUCGUCAUUGGGAUCAUCAAGACGGUUGCGCAGCAGAUUCAUGGAACUGAGAUUGAGAUGAAGGUCAUUCAGCAGAAGAGUGAAGAAUGUGAUCACAUUAAGUUCUUGAUUGAGGAGAAGGACUCGGAGGAGGAGGCGUUUUAUGAAGACCUGGAUGGUUUCGAGGAGAACGGGACUCAAGAAACGCGGAUCAGUCCUUAUACCUUCUGCAAGGCUUUCCCGUUCCACCUGAUGUUCGACAGGGAGCUCAUGCUCACACAGUGUGGCAAUGCUAUCUUCAGAGUUCUGCCGCAGCUGCAACCUGGCGUCUGUAACCUGUCCUCAGUGUUUUCUCUGGUGCGGCCGCACAUAGACUUCAGUUUCCAUGGCAUUCUGUCUCACAUCAACACCGUCUUUGUGCUGCGGAGUAAGGAGGGCCUGUUGAACGUAGAGACUGCAGAGAGUGAAGAUGAACUCACAGGAACAGAGAUCAGCUGUCUCAGACUGAAGGGCCAGAUGAUCUCACUUCCUGAGACGGAGAACAUCCUUUUCCUGUGCUCACCAAGUGUUAUGAAUCUGGAUGAUCUGACGAGGAGAGGUCUGUACCUGAGUGAUAUUCCUCUUCAUGACGCCACCCGUGACCUUGUGCUACUGGGGGAGCAGUUUCGCGAGGAGUACAAGUUGACCCAGGAGCUGGAGAUCCUGACCGACCGUCUGCAGCACACGCUCCGAGCCCUGGAGGAUGAGAAGAAGAAGACAGACAGAUUGCUGUAUUCGGUUCUACCUCCGUCUGUCGCCAAUGAACUUCGGCACAAGCGGCCCGUGCCUGCUAAACGGUACGACAACGUGACCAUUCUUUUCAGCGGCAUCGUCGGGUUCAAUGCGUUCUGCAGCAAACACGCAUCAGCAGAGGGAGCCAUUAAAAUCGUCAAUCUGCUCAAUGACAUCUACACCAGAUUUGACAUUCUCACGGAUUCUCGGAAGAAUCCUUAUGUGUAUAAGGUGGAGACUGUUGGUGAUAAGUACAUGACCGUGAGUGGUCUUCCGGAGCCCUGCACCCAUCAUGCAAAAUCCAUCUGUCACCUGGCCCUGGACAUGAUGGAGAUCGCUGGACAGGUGAAAGUAGACGAGGAUCCUGUGCAGGUGAUCACUUUUCUUGACCCAGAUACAAGUGUUUGCAGUCGGUGGAAAACGCUGAUCCUCAGUUUCGUUUGGAGUACAGAGGACCUGUAA